CUAUCGCGGGCAGUAGAUGAUGUUGCGCGCUCGUGCGCGCUGCGAGAGCCGUCGCACAUCGGGCAGCAGUGGAUAGAGGAGCGCGUGACACCCCGUGUGGCUCGUUUACGCGUCUGCACUACGUAGAACGAGGCGUGCGAACGCGGAAUAAUAAUUGUCGUUCGAACCGCGUGCGAGAGGAUCGUGCGAUCGUCUUUCGACGUUUCAGUCGUAUCCGAGCGUGCAGCGAGUAUGUAUUUUUAGGAUUUUGAUAAAGGUGCUCGCGGAUCUUUUCCGAGUUCAGCGCGGUUCAAUCAAAAUUCUAAAAAUACAUCUCGCCGUUAUUGCCGAGACACGAGGCGGGUUGUAUAAUAAUCCCACCAGUUCCCGUCGUUCAUCCUUGCGAAGAGAGUUCGUCCUUGCGAAGAGAACGCUUGGUGCACGUCGCCGUGCGGGACGGAACGUGCGCAACGUGCAGCAGAGUUGAUGCAUAGGUUAUACGCGUUCGCGAGUAUCCUCGUGGGCUCGCAGGAGAGAAUUUUCGACGAGCACUGCCGCGAUUCGCUGUUCCAGGCGCGUGGCUCUCGAUUUCCUCCUGAUUAAUAAUUCCUUGCGAAUGCUGUCACGCCGUCGCUCGCGAAUUUCACACGUUGCGCUACAUUGUAGAAAAAUUUCCAGCAAAUAUCUCUUUCCUUUGGAAUUCUCUGACUUUUCAUUUCGUUUCUGUCAUUUCCAUUAAUAGGAGCAACUGAGAAAUAUUUGUAAUCGCAAUGUCAAUGUUCAAGAGUCAUAAAGCAUGUUUUUAUGUGGUGAAAGUUAAUUGUUUUCUCUUGAUUAUAAACAUUAAUACCUUGUCUUUUCUUAUUUCUUUCUUCGAGUAGCCAGUGGUAACGUGGGAGUCAUGUUGUACAGUUCAAAAGUCGUUUCAGUAUAUUUCCGGAGAGUAUCAAGAUAAAUAUAUCGUACAUGUAAUAGAAUAUUUUUAGUUGUAGACAAUUUUCCUGCGUGUAACGGCUGUAUGUAAUGGAUAAAACUUGUUGUCUAUAGAAAUGUGACAUUACUCCAUUAUAUACGUGCAAAAGAUUCUGUGUCAUCGGUACUUGAAGAGGGAUUGCGAUGAGAAGAAUCUGAUGAAUGUUGAUUUACAAUGCCAUGUACAUAUAUCUUGAAUUUAAUGUUUGUAUUGUGUCUCUGCUAUGCAAGGCAACUGGUAAUGCAUCGUGAGCUUGAUUGUAAUAGUUACAAAGACUCUGUGCCACCUUGGAAGGAUUUUACAAGCAAAUUGUCACGGCACAUUCAGAAACACAGCUGAAACUACUGUACUGAAUCAUGGCUGAGAUUAAUGUGGAAGAAUUGAAAGAUCUUAUUACAUACUUUGCAAAGAACACCUACAGGACCAAGAAGUCAAGGAAUCAUGCAAAAGUGUAUCCUGCUUGCGGCCUCUGAUUACGAAUGUUUUACGAUCGACAACAUCGAAGGUGAUCUCUGUGCACAUUAUCCCAGCCAUCUUAUAAUGUUGGAGCGCGAGAAGCCGCGAAGCGCGAAAAAUUGCGACACGCCGCCACGCGUAAUGGAAACCAUACACGAAAAUAAGAAUGCAAAGAAUAAGUUUAAGAAAUUGGUAACGCAAUCAAGAUUCGCCAGGUGCCGCUCAAGGUUUCCAGUGCCGGUGAUACUUUAUAAGGGUAGACACGUGUGUAGAUCCGCGACAUUGUCCACUGCCCCAGAAGCAAUUGGUAGAGCCGGGAUCGAUAUGUUGUCCAACAGUAUGGCUAGCACUAGUUCCGCUAAUGAAGACGUACUGUUGGACGAUUGUCCGUAUAAUAUGUAUUCAGAGGUCUACAAGGAAGAUUUCAUGUCCUCCGAACUGAUAGACAAAGUCAGGUGGUCUGACGUACGGCUCCUGAAAAUUCUCAGUGUGGGCACCAUCGUUGACUUCAUGGUUGAGAAGAAGAAAAUCAAAUACGGAAUGGCCGUAACUUCGUCGGAGAAGGUAGACCAAGAGAAGCGGUACAACAGCUUUGCUCUCAUUUCACUGCCAUAUCCUGGAUGUGAAUUCUUUAAGGAGUUCCGAGAUCAGGAUUAUCGGUCGAAGGGUUUGGUAUUUAACUGGUGUCAGAAUUACGUAGACGCACCGAUCUCUGUACCUGAAGACUCAAUCGCCUGUCAGCUGGGUAUCAACUGGAAUCGAUAUACAGAAUGGGAUCUAGUCAUAUUAACGCAAAACUAUUUAAAAUUGUUACUGAGGUACUUGAGUGAUAGUAAUAAUGGAAUAUUGAUUCACUGUAUCUCAGGCUGGGACCGCACGCCGCUAUUUAUCUCGUUACUGAGAAUUAGUCUGUGGGCAGACGGGGUAAUUCAUACGACGUUGACGUCGUAUCAACUGCUUUAUUACACUAUCGCCUACGACUGGCUGCUUUUCGGGCACGAUUUAGCGGAUAGGCUCAAUAAAGGGGAGGAGAUACUUUUCUUCUGCUUCGAUUUCUUGAAAUACAUCGAGAAGGAUCAAUUCAGCGUGCACAAACGUUGUGACAAAACUUCGAGGUGCAGCGAGUCGCAGUCGGACAGCUCUUUACCGGACGAGACGUCCUUUUACUUUCCCAACGUUAAAACCAGUCCCAAGAACGGUUCGCCCAGCUCUAUCGGGCAAAGCAGCGUAGACAGCGAUCCAUCUGUGUUCUCCGUCGAUGUUCUCGACAACCAGGAUGACCCUCGAGGCAACGUGAAUGCACCCGGAACACUCCACGUGUCGCCAAAUAAGGAAGGUGGUGCCGCACAGGCAUCAUCGCGCUCAUCAUCCUCGUCGACGAAUCGCACGUCUCCGAUCGGGGUUCCUAUACCGUGUAACAAUACUCGUGUCCGACAGAGAAACGAUUCGACGUCGUCAGGUGAUUCGUGGCAGCUGGUAACGGGGACCGGCAGUUUGUGCGGCACUGCGUCCGCUAACGCCCUGCACGCGGACGGCGCGUCAGCCCUCGACAUCGACUUCAAGUUUUCAUGCGCGACUUGCACGUCCCCGCGGACGUCGCAGGCACUCUGUUCGGAGGACGCUGCCGUCUCCGCGUCGCAGCGCAGAGAACGCUUACGCUCGCUGCGAAAUAUAUUUUACAAAGCUUACGGACCUCAUGGAUUUCGAUCGAAGGACGAAGUAAGUGGCCUCAGCCAGUAUCUGGGAAACAUCGUUUCAAUAACUUCCAUUCAACACACAUCCUAGUAUUAACUAAAACGUUGUUAUCGGACGAUUUUCCAAGACUACGAAUUUGUUGAUAGUAUCUUCGGCCGAUUGAUAAUUUUUAUAGAGAUGCGUCUAUAAAGUAAGAUGAUUGUACAUUAUUGUUUUCUCUCAAGAAUGGAUUGUUACAUAAAAUAUCGCAGGAGAUGCGCAUAUAUAUAUAUAUAUAUAUAAUUGAAUAAAACUUGAUAUUUUUGUAUGCGAGAACACAAAUAGUUUCAUUGCACUAUCAGUUUUAUAAUAUAAAAUUUUAUAAUUUA